UAUAGUUUAUUUUCUGUUGCGAGGCGUGGACGUGAAAUUAUUUUUCUCGUAUUUUAGUGAAAUUAAGUGGGUUUCUAAGUGUUUUAUUGGAAUACACUUGCAUAACCACAUGAUAUACUAUUUCGUAUACAAUAACUUUAACAAAAAUUGCUUUUAGAGCAAGUAAUUUUAACAUAGGCCGCACCUUGUUUUAACAAGUAUUUUUCGUGUAAAAACGUAAAUUAUGGCUGAUGAGUACUCUGCUGUGAAACGAGGGAAGCUUGUCCUGAAAGGGGAGAAGCCCAAAGCAAAGAAACGCAAGCAUAAGAGGAAGGAUAAAUCUGAAGACAACAAAGUUGACGAAGAUGCACUCAAACAUGGCGGUUGGUGGAAAGUGGAACGUAUCGAAGAUAUAACGGGCUCCAUAUCUAUAGAAUUCGGCAACAACUCUUAUAUAUCUGCUUUGGAUAAUGGAUUAUUCACAAUUGGAGCUCCACAUGAUGAUGGGGAAGGACCAUCCCCAGAGGAGAUUUUCACAGCUUUUCCAGCGGGAGAAACUAAGUUUGCCUUAAAGUCAGGGUAUGGGAAAUACUUGGGUGUGUCUAAAGAAGGUACGGUGAUGGGACGAUCCGAUGCAGUUGGGCCUAUGGAACAAUGGGAACCUGUUUGGCAGGAUGGUAAGACAGCCAUUCUGAGUUCCCUAAGCAAGUUCAUGUCGGUGAACCCAGAAGAUGACUCUGUAGUUGCUCAGAAUGUGACCGCUGGUGAACAGGAAGUGUGCAACAUCCGGAGUAACCGCAGCAAGGAGGUGAAACAGAGCAAUGUGCCUGAAGAGGAGGAGGGAGACCUGGCUGAAGUUGAAGUUAAUUAUGUAAAGAAAUUCCAAAAGUUCCAAGACAAGAAGUUACGAGUGAACGAGAGUGGGGUCACUGAACUGAAACGGGCCAAACUUGAGGGUAACUUACACGAGACACUGCUCGACCGACGAAGCAAGAUGAAAGCGGACCGAUACUGCAAAUAGUAUAAGAUACGGUGCAAGAUGAUUGUGAUCAAAGACUAUUAUAGUGUUAAGUUCUUGAAGAAGAAUCAGUGAAGUGUAUGCCUUAGAAGAACCUAGGAGAAUUAUCAAUGCCUGAUAGAUAGUCAAAAAUUGAUUUAUUUUUUAAGUUCCGUCUACAAAUCUACCCGCUGGCUAUCCACCGAUUACUGUCAUCUAACCGUUAUUUCUAUUUUUAUUUGUAUAUUCGUCGGAAUCUUGACGUUGUGUCGGUAAAAUCGUUUCAUAAGGAUUGAGGCGGACACAAAACCUACAAUUUUUGUUGGACAGCUCUUAAAUUACUGCUAUCCUUCACUUACAAUAAGUACAAGAAAGAGAUAGAGCUAGCUUUAGUUCUCUUAAAUUAAGUAGGUGGUUGCCCGAAUCCGCACCAUUACAACGCGUUGAAUGCCUGAAUAACACGAGAAGCGAAUACGUAUAUAUGUAUAUGUGUUUACUGGGCAAUAACCUCUCAAUCAACAGAAGGAGGUAUGCAGCAUAGGGUGGUAAUAAUAAAAGAAUCUCAGCUGAGACUGCCCUCAAGAUCGUGCUCAAGUCUCUGUUUUUAUAUGAGAACUGUCACAUUGACAUGAUCUUGAGGGCAGUCUCGAAGCUGAGAUUAGUUUAUUAAUACCACCCUUAGUCCCGGAAAAAAAUACUAUAGCCAAUGUGAGGCGGCGGAAAGCCGGCGCAGGCUAUACUGAGCAAACCAAAUGCCGAUUGCGUGUUGCAGUACGUUGUCGGAACAAAUGCGAUCUCGUGCUCUCAGAUGUGUUUCAACCCUAACCAAAAUUGGCUACUUGACAGUUAUAACAAUAAAAUAUAAAAAAUGGCGGAUAUGGUAGUUCUGUGUAUUACACGACCCGAAACACGGGCGGCCAUGAUUGAGCUUCGUGUGACGUCACAUUUCACAAAAUAAAAACUAUGUCAGGUCUCAACUUCUCAAGUAAAACUGUUUGACAGUUUCUUUGUUUGUUGAACUGUGACGUCACUGGGCAAAAUGUCACGCGAUCAACCGUUUUCGCGCGAAAUUUUAAAUAAUAACAUAACAUAAACUGCCUAUAUACGUCCCACUGCUGGGCACAGGCCUCCCCUCAAUCAACCGGAGGGGGUAUGGAGCAUACUCCACCACGCUGCUCCACUGCGGGUUGGUGGAGGUGUUUUUACGGCUAAUAGCCGGGACCAACGGCUUAACGUGCCUUCCGAAGCACGGAAUCAUCUUACUUUUUCGGACAAUCAGG